GUCUGUCAGUUUGCCGCGACUUGUGGGACGCAACGGACGCCGGUUCCGCUGCGUACACAAAUGCACACAGAUUGCGUGUGAACGUCCAAUGUUUCCGUGCAAGGUGCGGGGGCGGUGGGACCGGUCGACGGUCACACACCCGACCUGCCGACCUUACCUACCACUCACUGUACGCACCUCAGCUCACUUGCUAAAACUAUGUGCAUCACGCGAAUAGCAGUGGCAGGCAAAUCCGCAAAACAUAUAUAGUGAUUGUGAAGGACAAUAUUGAAUAGAUGCAUCAAAUUCCAGCAUACAGAAAGUGCAUUCAGAACGUCUGGAAACAUGCUGGAGCGGGCUGGGCGCAAAGGAGGAGGGCGAGAGCAGCGGGUGCGCCGAUAGCAUGGCGGAGGUGUCGGUCCCUCGCAGCCCACGGCACCUCCACAAGCGGCGACGUCUCACCCGUCUGCUAGACAAGCUCGCUGUACAAAUGCGCAACAAUAACCACUACCCGCCUCCCAACUGGCUCAUGCUCGACCAAGCUUGGCACGUGCCCGCUAAAACAACAGACGAAGCGCCCCUCGAUCUCUCCGUGAAGUCGGAACCUCCGCCGCCGGUGCCAAAGAAGGAGACUGCGUACUCGUGUAACGCGUGCGACCAAACCUUUGCGGUUCACGACCGCCUCGCCAAACACGUCGCGUCGCGGCAUCGAAACAGAACUCCCGACGCGGCGAGAGCAUAUGAAUGUGAAGUGUGCAGCAGGCGGUUCGCCCGUUCCGAUAUGCUGACGCGACACGCCCGUCUCCAUAGCGGCGUGAAGCCUUACGCCUGCUCGGCGUGCGGUCAGGUAUUCUCGCGCUCCGACCACCUGGCCACGCACCAGCGAACUCAUACGGGAGAGAAGCCGUACCGGUGUCCGUCGUGCCCUUACGCCGCGUGUCGCCGAGACAUGAUCACGCGCCACAUGAGAACACACACGCGGCGGCCGCAGCCGACAUCUUUAACUACGAUCCCGUGCCAUCAGAAUGAUGAAUCGAAAGUUUUUUCAAGUUGUUAAGUGCGUAUUCUGACCAUUUAAAUCUAAGGUUCGUUUAAUUUAUUUUCCACUGACGUAUCCAUUUGAAAAAUGGAGACUGAUUCUUCAUUCCAAAGUUAUGUAAAGUCUUUUUGUUUUUGCUUUUGUUUUUAUAUUAACUUUUUAUAUUGUAAUGUAACUAGAGCUUACCGCAGAUGGAGAGGCUGCGCGCGAGCACUCGCUCGCUCACAGGUUCGCGCAACUAGGAGUCUCACGGUUCGAUAGUGGUUGCUAACUUAGGUAAGGGUGGACAUAUCACAUUGCAUUAUUAGCGGAGCUGCCCGCAUCAGACGUAUGCGAUUUUUUUUUUUGCGCAGCGAAUGUUUUUUCUUUUUAUUUUGAACGCAAUGCGAUGUGUCAACUUUCAGAAUGUUGUUUGUUGUAUUAUUAUUAUUAUUUUUAUAUUCUUUUUCUCAUUAUUAUUUGUGGUGUGUUGUACUUAUAAUUGUGCUUAUCCAGUACUUAUUUCAAAGGUGACAUUAUAGAUUGUUCAAAUGUAUGAGUAUAUUUCGUGCCAUUUCUCUUAUGAAUAAUAACUAGAGAGACGAUCUCUGUAGUAACUGCAUCCACCGGGCAAUCAUGUCAUGUCAAGAAGCCUCCUCAUGUCUCCACAAUAAAUAAGGUUGGAUUAUUAUCAGUGAGCUUAUUUUCAUGUUUAAAUAAAGUAUGUUUUUGUUUAAAUAUUAUCCUAAACGGCUAUUUUGAGUACUUGAACUCGCGUUAAUAUUAAGUUUGUAGUUAACUAUUGUUUAAGUUGAAACGUAACUAUUGAUUCUUAUUAGGUUACACAGCACGUACUUACUUUACAUUGAUAUAUUUGUUAAGAUUUCAUUAUAUGAUUGUGUAUUUAAUAUACACUGUAUUAAUCAACGAAAUCCAUUCCUUAAAACUAGUGUUAGUAUUCAUUAAGAGUAUGUUAAGGUGUCUCCAAGAUCGGCAACGCACGUGACAUUUCUAAUCUUGCAGACGACCAUUAGAUACAGUAACCGUUUACUAUUAGACUGGCUGUAUGCUUGCUUGCCACCUCAGUAAUAUAAUAAAAAAAAAAUAUUUGUUUACCUAGAAAAUUUUUGACAUCAACUAAAUAAACAAAAAAAACUAAAAUAAAAUAUUUCAUAAAACAAGAACAACCUGUAUCUAUUCUAACGGCACUAAAUAGUAAUAGGUAGGUAUGUGUACCUUGUACUGUGUAGUACCGUUAGUGCAGAUAUAGGUUGUUCCUUUUUUUUUCGAAAAUUACACCUUUAUUUUUAGUUUAGAUUAAAUUUAGAUAUUUUCUAGGUUUAAUAUUUUUUUACUGAGACCCUAUCAACGAAUACUAACACUAGUUUUAAAGUAAAGUUUUCGUUAAUUAACACAGCUUACACCAACUGUGUGUUACGCUAUGUAAAUUUAAUAAGAGUGAUUUUCAGCAAGUGUUAAAGUUUUUUUUGGUUUCGAGACCUCUAUCUGAGGUCUAAUCUGAGUUGACGUUCCCAGAGAGAAUUUUAUAAAAUAAAUAAAAUGACAUUUAUUCGUAAAAACACAACUGUAGUUUAUUAAAUUUACUGAUAUUAAUAUUAUAGUUUUAAAAAGGGUACAGUAGUUAUGGUUUUGGAAUUGGGCUCCUAAAUAAAUAAAAAAAUCUCCUCUUAUUUCGGGGACAACGACUUUUAUGGGGACUCGAAGGUAUUUUUUAUUAUAUUUUUUAUUUAGAGGCUCUUAUCCUAUAAGGAUAUGUAAGCCCUGUCAUACCCUUACCUUAAUUAUUUCACAUACAUUACUAAUCUAUUUUAAUAGAAAGAAUCAUUAAAAUAAAAAU